AUGGCGGACACACUGUAUCGUUGUGGAGAAUGCGGCCGAGAUUUUAAAACUUUGGAGGAAAUAAAAUUUGCUCCACAAAGCGAACAGAAUGUACAAAAAACAAUUUCGUACCUAAAUUCGACUUUAACAGAUGGGGCAGACGGACAGCAUGGUCGAUGGCCAACAAAUGCUGUAAAAUUACUGAUUUCAUUGUAUAAAGAGCACGAAAAUAAAUUUUCCGAUAUUUGUUGGCCAAGCAAGAAGGUGUGGAGUUUAAUUUCCAAAACAUUGCAAGAAAAUAAUUACCUUGUCACAGGUAGUCAAUGUGAUGAAAAAUGGAGAAAUUUAAAAAAAAGUUAUAGGAAAAUUAAAGAUGGAAACAAGCAAACUGGCCAAGGAAGAAGGCAGUGGGAAUUUUUUUCCAUGAUGGAUGAGAUUCUUGGACAGCAGCCAUAUAUUAAACCAUCUGCUACAUUUGAGAGUUCCUCUUCAACUUUACAGGUUUUGAGUAUGGUGGAAAACAAUUCAGGAAACAUCGGAAUUGAACCUUCAUCAUCAACUCUCUCUCCUCUUCCCAAACUCCCACAAAAGCAUAAGCGGAAGCCAGAAUGGUUUGAGGACUACAAAAAACUAAAGGAAAAAUCUAGGGAAGAAAGAAGACGACGACAUGCUGAACUAUUAGAAUUAAGGAGGAAACAGCAUGAGGAUAAGAUGGAAUUCCGCAAAGAGCUGUUAGGUGUUUUAAAGAGUUUGGUUGAAAAAUAAUUCUAUUAAAUGUUGUUAAAAUGUUCUCUUUGAAGUAUGCUUUAAACACAAAAAUUUUUUCACCAAUUAGAUGUGAUUCAUUUGAAAGAACAGUGUAUGUAUUAUUCAAGGCAGCCAACAACAACAACGUUUUAUAAUUUUUUUAUUUCAGUUCGUUAAAAAAUGGUUAAAGUAAUGAAUCAGUUUGCAAUAAAAAGUAUUGAAGUUUAUUGUUAUUUUGGUAUCUAUUUAGAAAGCAUGAUGCUUUCUAAAUAGAUAACAAAAUAACAAUAAACACUAAUACUGUAUAUUGUAAACUGAUUUCACAUUUGCGUUAAAAAGUUUCUUUUGUCCUAUGCUUGAGCACACGUACUAAUUAAAUCUUGUAUGGAUUCACUAGAGUUGUCAUUAUUUGCAUUUAGAGUUUCAUCCUCUAAACUGCUAUCAUACAUUUGACAAAUAUUAUGCAAAACACAGCAGGCCAUAAAUAUUGGAAUGAGAUAAGGAUUUCCCAUAUCCACAUAUCUCAAAUGUCCUUUUAAUAAGCCAAAGGCACGUUCCACUACGUUUUGUGUUUUAGUGAGUUUCAGAUUAAAAUUAAUCUCCUGUUGAUUUAAAUGUCCAUUGUCUCAAAAUGGCAUUAUUAAUUGUUCUUGCAGUGUAUAUGCAGAGUAACCUAAAAGGUAUAUUCUGAUGGAAAAAGAGCACUCAAAUUUCUCCCCAAUCUAGAGCAUUGAAACACAUGAGCAUCAUGCACACUUCCAACUUCUGCAUAGCAGUCUAUAAACAUGCAUCUAAUGAUAUAGUUAAGUCAAUGAAAUUAAUUUUAAAAUUUAAAUUGAAACCGAAACAAAAGGAAUGAUUUACAAACCUAGAAUCCACUACAGCUUGGAGUAACACUGAAUGGAAACCUUUUUGG